AUGAACCUGUUGCUGUCUGACGACUACCUGCUGCAGGACUACCCUCAAAGCAUCACAAACACGAUUCGAUCUGGCCAUGCCACGGUGCUGCGGUUCAACCGUAAAGGCGACUACCUGGCCUCUGGCCGGGUCGACGGCGCCAUCGCUGUGUGGGACCUGGAGACCAUGGGGGUAGCCAGGAAGCUGAGGGGCCACAGCAAAAACAUUACCUUUCUGAGCUGGUCAAGGUGUGGCCGAUAUCUGCUCUCGACCUGCCAAGGUUGGAAAGCCAUCCUGUGGGACCUGGAGGAUGGCAAGAGGCUGCGCGAGGUGCGCUUUCGAGCGCCAGCGUACAUGGCUGAGCUGCAUCCAUGGAACCAUUUUCAGUUUGUCGCGUCUCUCUUUGACGAGCAACCAGUCUUGGUCGACAUGGGCGAACCCGUCGACGUCAAACACAUGCUACCCUCGGUCCCCAAGCGACCUGGCGCCGGCGCCGACGCCGAUGCGGCCUUGAAAGAAAAGCAGGCAAAGGAAGACGCCAAGGAGAAGACGACGUCGGCCAUCUGGACCUGCACCGGCGACCACAUCAUCGCCGGCACCAGCAAGGGCAAGAUCAACAUCAUCGACGCCAAAACACUCGAAAUCAUAUACUCGGAGAAGAUUUGCUCCGGAAUCAUAACCACGUUGCGAAUCACGGCAUCCGGGCGGGAGCUGCUCGUCAACUCGCAAGAUCGCAUCAUCCGCACGUUUCGCGUGCCCAACCUGUCCGUCGACGACCUGGAUCUGGACACGAUACAGCUGCCGCUGGAGCACAAGUUCCAGGACGUCGUCAACAAGCUGUCCUGGAACCACGUCACGUUCAGCGCCACGGGAGAAUACGUCGCCGCGUCGACAUACAACAACCACGAGCUCUACGUGUGGGAGCGCAACCACGGCAGUCUUGUGUGCAUGCUCAAAGACCCCAAGGAGGAGCAGGGAGUGAUCGAGUGGCACCCGUCCAGGACCCUCCUGGCCGCCUGUGGCUUAGAGACGGGUCGAAUAUACAUAUGGUCCGUGGUGAGCCCGCAAAAGUGGUCGGCGCUGGCCCCGGACUUUGCCGAGGUGGAGGAGAAUGUCGAGUACAUUGAACGGGAGGACGAAUUCGACAUUUACGCGCAAGAGGAAAUACACCGGCGACGCCUCGAUGCCGAGGAUGAGGACGUUGAUGUUCUCGCGCUGGGCCCGUCCGAGUUUGAUGACGACGCCGAGACCUUCCGCUUGCCCAUUCUCUUCAACCUGGGCGAGAGCGACAGCGAGGACGAGUUUGUGGCCGUGUCGACGGGCACCAUGCGCCGCAGGAGUCCCGGCGAGGGCCACAGCGACGUGGACGGAACCGCAGAGUCGGCGGCUGCGAAGAAGGGGGCUGCUGGAAGGGGGCGUCACAAGAAAAGAUAG